AUGCCCCUGAGCGACCGCGACUUCUGCCCGGCACACCGUGCGCACCUAACCUACCUGCACGACGUGCGGCUAGAGCAUAUCAAGGCAUCCCAAUGGUCCGUGAGCCCGUCGGCCAGCUGGGACGAGAACGUCGAGGCCUACAACGAGUUACAGGAGACCAUAGCGCUGCGCAACAUGAUCUCGGAGCUGCUCUAUCCGGAAAACCCGAACGCGGGCCAUUGGAAUGCGGAAUCUGGAGAGCGGGAUAACCGGGACAGGGCCGGUCGUAUCAUGGGACGGUGGGUACUACAGAGGAGGGAGGCAAGGGUAGCGGCGGAUUCCGCGACGAACACCGCCGCAGGGACAGCUGCCAUGCCAUCAUUCCCGCCCGCGGCAACGUCCUCUGCCCCUCCCACCUGCGAGACCACCGGCACAGACCCAGCCGUGCCAGAAGACGUCGGCCGCCGUUCCCUCCGGUACUAUAUGACCGAGAACCUCUCCAUUGCCCGUUCCCGCGAGACAAACCCCACAAAAAUGUUCUUGUGGGAGCUCCUCGUCAACUUCGACGACAUCAAGGAGCUGGAGCGACGCGUGGCGCGUAACCGCCUGAUGCUUGGGUCUGGGCCUGGGCCAGUGUCGGUCAUGGAGUUCUUUGACCCUCUCGACGGUGAUCGGCUCAUAGGCAACGCAGAAGAGUAUGUCCAGCCGGGCCGGGCGCAUAAAACGACGGAACCAGAGGUCGACGAAUUUGGGGAUAUCAUACCUCCAGAUUCCCCCCCAGUCGUGGCUCCUGUUCGUUCGCCGCCGACGCCUCCGCCUGCGCCUCCGCCCCCACCAACCACCGGUCGCGAGUUUGACGACUUGCUCGACGAGAGAGCGAGAUCAAAAAAGGACUUGCCGCCACUGCCGGGUUUGGUGGAAGAGCCGCCCAAGCAGGAGUGGAGAUGGGUGUACGGGCAUUUGGAUUGGGGCUCGGCGGAGAUGGACGAAAGGACGGAGAGGCUGUAUGGUAAGUGGUGA